CCUCGAAGGAGACUUUGCAAUGAAGCGUCCUUUUCGACAUGCUACAAUCCAAUCGUCUUUUUCCAUCGGUACAGCCUUGAUGCCUCUGCAUUGAAUCUUUUGGGUCAUGCCGCAUCCACGGAAGAAACUCCGGCGUGCCGUCAACAGCUGUGGUGAGUGUCGCCGUCGCAAGAUUCGCUGCGAUUUGAACACAAUUUCAUCUGAAGUUUGUUCGAACUGUGCUAGUCGUAACAUCGCAUGCGAGAGUUGGCAGGACCAUGAUGGAUCCACCGAGUCAAAUGACCCCAGCCUGCUUGCAAGAUUGCAAAGAGUCGAGAGCCUCCUAGAUGGUUUGACGCAUACGGAUGACUCCGAACUCAUCGAAAGGACUCCCUUGCCAGCGGGUUCAGUCAGUACUCCCAUUGAAGGCGAUGACAACCCGCCUGUGAUUUCUCUCUUCGACAAUGCCAUUUUUCGACGUCACGAGAAAGCGUCCCCAUCGCAUGGACUCGAAGACUCCGCUACGUUAAAGUCGACUCACAGCCCAACGGACGCGACUUCCGAGAAGCUUCGCCUCACCCUGGUCAAUCUCUUGCCCUGUCAGGAAGAUGCAGAGCUGGUGGCCGCUUCCACAAAUGGAUGGGGUUUGAGACAAGUGCUUUGUACGCCUGUUGAUGGGCUCUUUCGAGAUGCCACAGACAGCGCCGCUUUUGACAUUGCGGCAGUCUCAAGAGACAAAGCCGUGGUCGUUGCGAGGACCCUCCUGUACCUGGCUGUUUGUUUACAGCAGCUUCCUCCUGGUUACGAUUGGAGCAACUUUCAUUUCAAGUGCUCGGUAGACACUGUCUUGCACAAAUACCUCACGACUGUGGCAGACCUUGUCACAUGCAAAGACGACCUUGCAUGCACAUUGGAAGGAGUCGAGUGUUUGCUCCUUCAAUCGCUGUUCUAUAUCAAUGAUGGCAACCUUCGCAGAGCUUGGCUUGCUGGUCGUCGUGCCCUCAACAUCGCACAAUUCCUUGGUAUUCACAAACGCUUUCUCCGAAUCGUGCGACAAGCCGACAGCCAGAAAAGGAACAAGGCAAGUAUAAUGAUGUGGCUAAAAAUAGUCAUGGUAGACCGCUAUCUUGCCCUGGUCCUUGGCUUUCCUUGUGGGGUUGGUGAGGACUGCUUCGGUGAAGAAGAAGACCUUCUCAAACCUGUCGAGGAUCUCCAUGACGUUUUUGAGCGCAGACUUUGCAUUGUUUCUGGAAUGAUUGCUAAGCGCAAUUCAAAAGAACUACCACCAAGUUAUACUGCAACUUUGGACAUCGAUGAACACCUCGACAAACUUGCAAAAGACAUGCCUCAGACAUGGUUCUCCGUCCCGACAUUCUCGACGGCGAGAGGCUCAUCUGCGAAUAUCAAAGAAUAUGAAAUGAUGAUGAACCAGAUAUGGUUCUUUCAGCUGACCCAGAUGCUCCAUCUUCCCUUCAUGCUAAGGGCUUUCACAGAAUCGAGAUAUGAGUAUAGUAAGAUAACCUGCAUCAAUGCUUCAAGAGAGCUACUUUUGCGCUACUUGGCACUCAGAGGUACAAAUAACACGCAGCUACAUGCCAGAGUGGUGGAUUUCGCUACUGUGAUCGCAGGCGUCGUGCUUAUCUUGAACCACGUUGGUUCGACUCGCAGCGCGAACAAAGACAUCAGCAACCAAACUGAGGACGACAUAAACUUGGUACAAAGAGUCCUUGAGUCGAUGCGGAUCGUGGGUCGAGGUGAACGAGAUAUCAUGGCUCGUCAAGGUGCCGAAUUGAUGGAGGCAUUGCUUGCCAUUGAUGCCGAUGCGCCUGGGACCCAUCCUAGGAGGAAUAUUCGUCUCACGGUUCCCUUCAUUGGUACAGUCGCAAUCAGCAGUGCGCCUGCGGCGGAUGUCACCGAGCCACAAGCGACUGGAAGUCAACUUCAGCUUCCGGUUCACGUGCAACCCGAGCACGACGUGGCACUUGGCUACUCGACGAGCAUAUUCGCCCCACACAACCUGUCCUUCGAACAAGCGAACAUACCCGAUCCGAGUUGGUUUCCUCCUGUUGAAGCAUGGGAUCUCGAUAAUCUCAAUAGUGAUCCGACCAGUUCGAAUCCGUACAGCUUUUGGAACUUUAGCGGCUGAAGACACAGUGGUAGCACCAACGUUCCUGGAGUCCGAGUGAUGUGGAAGUCAAAUGGAUGACUUUCCUGGUCGUACGGAGUCCCCGACGGGAGCAAUUGCAGUCAGUAUAUGAAAGACCACAUGAUUCCAGACAGCAAGAGUGGAAAUCUGACAAUUCCAUGUCUGAUAUUCGAGAAGGGUGUCCUCCUCAUGACGGUCUUGUCGAUGCCGGCUAUACCCAUAUUCUGGCUUUCGA